AGCACUGCUGGGCUGUACUGGUGGGUGGCACUGGUGGGUGGGCACAGGUGGGUGGCACUGGUGGGCACAGGUGGGUGGCACUGGUGGGCACAGGUGGGUGGGCACAGGUGGGUGGCACUGCUGGGCACAUGUAGGUGGCACUGCAGAGUGGCACAGGUGGGUGCACUGCUGGGCACAGGUGGGGGCACUGCUGGGCACAGGUGGGGGCACUGCUGGGCACGGGGGUGGGCGGAGCUAGUGGGCGCACUGCUGGGCGGAACUUGCGGGUGUCACUGCUGGGCACCGAUCAUCAGGGCACUG